CGUGUUUGUAACAGCUUCAAGUCCGUCUUUUUCAAAAGCAUUUUGAAUGCUGCAUGCCCCAUGCUUCCCAGCGCUUCGCGGGAGAGACCUGGCUAUAGAGCAGGAGUGGCGGCACCUGACUUGCUGGAUCCUAAAUCUGCUGCUCAGAACUCCAAACCGAGGCUUUCGUUUUCCACAAAACCCACAGUGCUUGCUUCCCGGGUGGAGAGUGACACGGCCAUUAAUGUUAUGAAAUGGAAGACGGUCUCCACGAUUUUCCUGGUGGUUGUCCUCUACCUGAUCAUCGGAGCCACUGUAUUCAAGGCGUUGGAGCAGCCUCAUGAGAUUUCACAGAGGACCACCAUUGUGAUCCAGAAGCAAACAUUCAUUUCUCAACACUCCUGUGUCAAUUCGACGGAGCUGGACGAACUCAUCCAGCAAAUAGUGGCAGCAAUAAAUGCAGGGAUUAUACCUUUAGGAAACACCUCCAAUCAAAUCAGUCACUGGGAUUUGGGAAGUUCCUUCUUCUUUGCUGGCACUGUUAUUACAACCAUAGGAUUUGGAAACAUCUCACCACGCACAGAAGGGGGGAAAAUAUUCUGUAUCAUCUACGCCUUACUGGGAAUUCCCCUCUUUGGUUUUUUGUUGGCUGGAGUUGGAGAUCAACUAGGGACCAUAUUUGGAAAAGGAAUUGCAAAAGUGGAAGAUACAUUUAUUAAGUGGAAUGUAAGUCAGACCAAGAUUCGCAUCAUCUCAACAAUCAUAUUUAUACUGUUUGGCUGUGUACUCUUUGUUGCUCUGCCUGCAAUCAUAUUCAAGCACAUAGAAGGUUGGAGUGCUCUGGACGCCAUUUAUUUUGUGGUUAUCACUUUAACAACCAUAGGAUUUGGUGACUAUGUUGCAGGUGGAUCAGAUAUUGAGUAUCUAGACUUCUAUAAGCCUGUUGUGUGGUUUUGGAUCCUUGUAGGGCUUGCUUACUUCGCUGCUGUCCUAAGCAUGAUUGGAGACUGGCUCCGAGUGAUAUCGAAAAAGACCAAGGAAGAGGUGGGAGAGUUCAGAGCCCAUGCUGCUGAGUGGACAGCCAACGUCACGGCCGAAUUCAAGGAAACCAGGAGGCGGUUGAGCGUGGAGAUUUAUGACAAGUUCCAGCGCGCCACCUCCAUUAAGCGGAAGCUCUCUGCAGAACUGGCUGGGAACCACAACCAGGAGCUGACUCCAUGCAGGAGGACCCUGUCAGUGAACCACCUAGCCAGCGAGAGGGAUGUCUUGCCUCCCUUACUGAAAACUGAAAGUAUCUAUUUGAAUGGAUUGACGCCACACUGUGCAGGGGAGGAAAUUGCUGUCAUUGAGAACAUUAAAUAGCCCUCUCUCUUUGAAGAGCCUUAGGCAUAGCCAUAGGUGAGGACUUCUAUAUACUUUUUAUGACUGUUGCUGGUAGCAUUUAAAAAUUUGUGCAUGAGCUCCAAAGGGGGAAAAAUAAUAGCCACACCCAUCACGGCCAUCUACAUCAAGAGAAUUUGGAAUUCUCAGCCAGCACUAUCUUGAUUAUGCUUGUUGAAUGCUCCACUUUCUUUGAUGAGUGGAAUCAACCAAGCAAGGUCUGAUGCCUUUUUGUGCCCAGACUGUUUUCCUUCCCCUUUUCCCAAUGUGCCAUAAGGCCUCAGAAUGAAUUACAGUGGUUUCUGGUAAUAAUGUAGCUUCGAGGGAUCAGUCCUUAACUUUUCAGGGUCUACCUAACUGAGCCUAGAUAUGGACCAUAUAUGGAGGACAACAUUUCUUUUUGUAAAUGGCAAGAAAUUCUUAUGCAGCCUUUUACCUAAGAAAUUUUCUGUCAGUGCCUUAUCUUAUGAGGAUAUCUUAUGAAGAACCUCUCUAGCUAAUGUGCAGUUUCUCCUUCCCCACCCCACCCCUAGGCUCACCUCUGCAGCCCUUUACCCCACAACUCCUAUUUGAAUACCAUACUUUGCUGGAAACAGUGUGUAAAAUGGCUGAAGUGAUGACACUCAAAGAAGGAAUAGAUGCCAAAUUAGAUGGACAUUGAAGCAACACUGAGAAACCCUAGCGUUAAAGACACUGCAGAGAAAUGAGGUGCAAACAUGGCCCCUCUGAGUAUUUAUUUGACUCAGGUACCAAUGGUACAUAUUUACAGUGUAAUUAUUUGCCAGGCCAAUAAAAUUGGUGGCUCCCAAACAGUCCCUUUUGUCCUGGUAGUAUUUGGAAUUUACCAUUUAUUAAUAAUUAAACAUGUUUUCAAGGUGGGAGAAGAAAAUUCAUAUAUAUAUGAAUAUCAUAUACAUAUAUUCUAUCAAUGAUCUGACAGAAGAAAAUGUUAAAAAUGGACAUUAAUGGAGGUAACUUCAGACAAUUGGUGUGAAUUACCAUUCUGACGAAAAGAAGAUAGAAAAACAAUGUGUCACAAGCACUCGCUAAGAAACAUUAUACUGCCAGCACCUAUUUGCUUUUUGAUACAUGAAAGGCUUAUAUGAUUUUCUUCCCCUGGAUGACUUUUGCCCAAUGAGAGGAGGUGAUACACAGUCAGAGAUGGGCAUUGUCCUAGCCUUCCAUGGGUGUACCUUUGGAGUUAUGACUGUGAGAGCAGUUGAAACUGGGAUCACUGUGAUUUUGCACAUGGAAAAAUGCAGAUUGCAGAUAUAAUUCAUCUUUCAUAUUAGAGAAAAAGCUGUUAUAGCACAAUUUAAAUCUUGAGGGUUUUUUUGAAGAUAGAAAAGGCUGGUGAUCCUUCUUAGUUUAAUUUCAUAUCCUGUAACUCUCUGGAUGUUUCCAAGAUUCAGAAAUUCAGUGAAGGCACCUAGUAGAUUGCUACUCUUUCUUUUGUUUUCAUACAUAGAUCUGCUGUACAUUGUAUAUACAAUUUUUAAAAUGCAGAAAGAAAAUGAUUUCCCUAAAUAUAAUUGUAAAACAUUUCUUUUACUGUUGGGUUGGGUGGGUAGGUGUGGUAUCUGAAUAAAUGACAUUCAGAUUAGGGUCUUAAAAAAUAAACCCAGGAUCUUAAGGAAAAAAAAAUAAAAAAUAGAUGCUUAUUUUCCAAAGUUUAAAUUUAAGCUAGAAAUUUAAAUAUUCAGCUAACUUGUUGAAGGUACUUUUAUAAACAAAAAAUUCUAACCAAAAUUUUAGGAAGUCAGGCUCUUUUAGAAAGAAAGCUACACCCAUUUUCCUCAACUGUUCUGAAAGGUCGUAUGGUGGAAUGCACCAUGUAUAAACUGUGAAUUGUAUUGAUAAAUAAAAUUUAUAAUUAAAGUCAGCAUUUUCUGAGUCUCCUGCUUGCUGCUGAGAAUUUAGAUCUGAUUCUGGCUAAGUAGAACUCCAGAGGUCACUUUUCAUGGUGAGUUUUUGUGGCUCCUUUAUUCACAAUAUUCAAGAAAUAUUUUUGAGGCAGCAUACCUACCAUUGUUAAAUACAGGCAGAAUGUUCUUCUUGGUGAAUGUAACAAAAGUAAAUAUCCUGAAUAUUUGAAAUAUGAUGUUUUAAAAAGUGUAUAAACUCAAGAUUGUUCUUACCAAGUUGUGAUAUAUCAAUAUCUUUAUUUUAUCAUUGUUAGACCUUGCCUUGACACUAUGUAAUAUGCCAAACACAGGCACCUGUCUGUAAGAAAAAAACAGUCAAACAUUCUGGCAGUGUUGGAGACUAAAAAAGGUAGUUGUCAGCAAUUGUCUAGACCUCACACCCCAAAUAUUUGGACUGCAUACCUUGUCAGAAUCUUACAUAAACUUAUUUAUUCAUUUUCCAGCUCCUAAAUAUUCAAUAAAUAUCCUAAAACUGGUCAACAAUGUUAUCCUUAGGACUAGGGAAAAUCUAAGAAGGCAUGCAUAUUAUAUCAAUUUUGUUUUCUCUAGCUUUAUUUUAUUUCUUGUGGACAGACACGGAUAAAGAUUUUGACAAAGUCUAGAAUUUUCUCCUGCAUUUGUUUUUUCACUGGACCAGUUUAGAAGUGAGUAGCUUUGCCUCGCUUGUACUAGAUUACUGGAACCAGCAAGGAUUAGGAACUCUGAUCUGAAAUCUUCGACAUGGAUUCUACACAAGGCUUUCUAUCCACCUUGUAGCUAUUAAAUAUAAAAGUAAUUAUUUUGGAGUUCUUUCAAUUUCCUACAUAAAUCUAUAUACCUUGCUACAUAGUUCAUGUCACAUACCCCUUUGCCAGCAAUAUUCAUUCUUGCAAUACAGGAAAAAGUGAAACUUCUAAACCAAGAGGAAUUUCAUAAUUUGCGUCUUGGUCUUCAAAGAAAUGGGAGCGUUGUACAGGGCUUUGUUUCUUUCUCAACUUCUAAGUGACAUUUGACAUAUAAGCAAGACCAAACUGCAACUCACUUUGAAAACUAGUCUGUAGCAUUCUUUGAUUUUUAAGGCUGUUAAGUUCCAACAGACUAAGGGAGAUUCUAGAAUACCAAAAAACAAAAACAAAUUUAGACAUUCUGAAAACUUGAGUAGCUAUUCACACCUAAGAACUGGAGGCCUCGAUCACCUUUUAAUUCUGUUUUCCUUUAAAAAAAAAUGUUUGCUGUUCUAGUAAAAUCAUAAUUUAUUUGUGGUUUGCAUUCCUUCUUAAAAUGUGAGUAUAAAUUUGCUUUUGUAUAAAGUAGAAGAUGUCUCUAUUUGAUUAUUCAUAACUCCAUU